CAAAUAAAUACCAAUAGCACCACAUUACUAGAUUCAGGAAGCAAAAGGCAACACCAUGGCAGCCAAGAUGUUUGCACUGUUUGCACUUCUUGCUUUUUGUGCAAGCACCACUACUGCUACCCAUGUCCCAUGGCACUUACCACCAGUGACGACAUUGGGCGCCAUGAACCCAUGCAUGCAGUACUGCAUGAUGCAACAGCCGUUCGCCAUGAACCCGUGCAUGCAGUACUGCACAACGCAACAGGCGUUUGCCAUGGGCAGAUUUGCCUCACCGGCGUCUAUGAUGCUGCAGCAACCGUGGACCUUACCGUUCCAGCAGUACUGGACUCCAAGGAUGAUGCCGUUUCAACAAUGUCACUGUGGUGCCAUCUCACAGAUCAUGCAGCAACAGCAACUACCGUCCAUGUUCAACCCGAUGGCUACAGCGAUCCCGCCUAUGUUCUUCCAGCAGCCCUUUGCUGGUGUUCCAUUCUAGAUAGAUGUCCUCAUGCUGUAACAAUAAUAAAGCUGACAUGCCAUCGCAUGUGAAUCAUAACGAAUAAGAAAAGUGUCGAAUCAAUGGCUUUCCAUUCAUUAUCUAA